AUGAGCUCCCAAGAGGCCAAGCGUAAAGCAGUCAAGCAGGAAGAUGGGCCCAAUAAAAAGCAGCAUGUAGAUUUCGAAGUGCAGCCAGAGAUAGAGAACUUCCAGCGCGAAGCAUUAUGGCGAGCCAUGCAAGACUAUAAACGGCGCUCGGUCGCUAGUCAAGAUGCACUAGACAAGCUGCAAAAGUCAGCUCGCUUCCACGACGAGCAUCUCCGUCUCGUUGACUUGUGGUGGGAUCAAUGCCUUCAUGAGAUUUGCAGUCAAGCAGAAUUGCCCACCACUGCAGCAGUCGGGGAGUGUCUACCGAGCCUCUCGACGCGUCUUGUGAGCGCGCUGCCCGACUUUGAAGCGCAUCUCUCCGAGAAGCGGCAAAGGAUCCUCGAUGUGAUUGUAGGCAGUAUCAGACAGCUCCGAGGUGCUCCUCAGCCGCAGCAAGGCGACAAAGAAGCGCUCAAGGAACAGAACGCUGCACUUAAGCUACAACUCUCCCUAGCUGAGCAACGCGCCAAUGUCUUGCAGCAGCAAAAGGAGGAGCGUGAGCCGCAAUUGCAGGACUUACAGGACAGGCUCGCUGCAUCCCAGCGAAAAGUGGAUCGUCAAAAGUCAAUUACGCUUGCUCGGAUCGAAGCACAGGCGAGCAAACGGCCAGCAGCAGCCUCACCGGCAAGGGAAAAAGAAGAGGUCAAGACUGAAGCGCAAACAGUUCAUGCAGGGGAUUCAGCGGCGAGCGACCAGGCCUUGGAAGCCUCGAAUGCGCGGCUUUUGGAGGAACUUGGGCAGCUACAAGUCAAGCUCGCAGAACUGCAAGCCACAAAUGAAAAGCUGACAUCCCAGCUGGCUCAUCUAUCCCAAAGUGACGUUGAAGCGACCGAGGCGUACAAGCAGAUUGUAUCAGCAAAUGCGCAUCUUCGUGGAAGACAAGAGGUACUCGAAACACAACUCCCUGCACUACAAGCUGAACUCCAUGCACUCAAAAAAGAGCGGUCCAAGUUCCAAGAUGAUCUCGCUCAGGCAUCGCAACACCAGUAUGAAGAGGCCGUGGCGCAACUGACACGCACAGAAACAGAUUUGGCACGGGUACGGCAAGCGCGAGAUGAGCUGCAUUCUAGCUUGCAGGUCCGCAAAGCACAGGAUGAGCAGAAACAAACGUCUGCAAGAGAACUUGGUGAAUUGGCAGAUGCACAAGCGUCGCGGAUCGCGGCCCUCGAGGCGGAAGUGGCGAGACUGAAGGAGGGCUCAGCGGCAGGUGACGCUCCUGGUGACGAUGCUACAGAGCUCAGCAAGCUGCAACGCGAAAACUCGUCUCUCAAGGCGGAACUACCCAUCAUGGAGGCGGCCUUCAGCAAAGCGCAUGAGCAAAGCACGCGCAAAGUGAUGGAGCUUGUCUCUAUGGAAGAUCGUAUUGGUCGUUUGCAAGCGGAAAAGGCUAAAGCAGAUCAAAAAUACUUUGCUGCCAUGAAGGCAAAGGACCAACUUGCGGCGGAGAUCAGGGUCCUGAAGCAACAACAGCAAAAGGCAACAGAGCUUGCGACAAAGCUUCAAGAAGCUGAGGAGAGCUGCCGACAAAAAGUACAAAAUUUGGAGCGACAACGGACCCUUGCGGACAAGGCAAACGAGCAAUUGCGCAAGGAAGUUGCUGCGCUUGCAGAAAGCAGUGAUCGAUCGCGUCUACAGCUGGACUCGCUGCAUGGGAAGCUGGCGGAUGCAGUGAAGCGGGCCGAGGGCAAGGAGCUGGAGGUAGCACAUGCGACGCAAGCAAAGCGGGUAGCACUUGAAGAGCUCGAGCGGUUGAAGAAGCAGCAGGAGCGUCUAACGAAGCAGGACAAGGCUAUCUUGAAUGGCGACAGCGACCAGCUGCAAGUAUACCGCACCAUGGCGAUGUGCUCCGUAUGCAAUGUCCGCUGGAAGAACACGACCCUGGUGUCAUGUGGGCACGUCUUUUGCAAGGAGUGUGUGGACAAACGGACAGAGACACGGCAGAGGCGAUGUCCGAGCUGCAACAAGGGCUUUGGUACUGGGGAUGUCUUGGCUGUACAUCUGUAG